UCACAAUGUAUUGUUUAUGGAGACUGGCAAUACAGUAUUUUUAUCUUAUGGCCUCAUUGUGUUCUUUCAAUCAUGCUUUCAAUGGCCUUUUAGUCUCUUCUAUAAAAUAUACUUUUUUUUUCACAAGUACAGUUUAACCUGUAAACCACUCCUGAAUAAAGUCAUGCUGAAAAAAGUAUUUAAGGUGUUGUUUAAGUUAAGGAAUAUAUAAAUUAUUUGUUAAGGGACAUGAUAAAAAAAGCCAUUAUUCCCAGGAUUAUAAGAAAAAAUUAUUUUUGAUAAAUGGCCUUUUUUUGUAUUAUAUAUUUAGGGUCCUUUACCAAUAAAAUGGAUGGCUAUAGAAUCAAUAAAGGAUAGAAUAUUCACAACAAAGAGUGAUGUCUGGUCAUUUGGUGUUCUUCUGUGGGAAAUUUUCACACUUGGUGGCAAUCCAUAUCCAGGAUUUGAGAUGAAUGAACAGUUUUUUAAGAGACUAAAAGAAGGCUACAGAAUGGAAAGACCUGAAUAUGCUCCAAAAAAUGUUUAUGAAAUAAUGAUGGAAUGCUGGCAUGAAGAUCCUAAAGAACGUCCAGAAUUUAACACUCUAGGAGAAAAACUUGGACUUAUGUUAGAAGAAAGUGUGAAACAAGUAAGUAUUUUUACUAAAUAUUGAUAUAUUGUUAAAUAUGUGAUUUA